CCAAGCAUCAACAAGCUCAGCCUCGUCGCACAACAUUAUCCAAUAUCCUCAACCCAAAAUAUCUCAACUCGAUUUAAACCCAUAACCUCAUACCUCAUACCUCAAACCCCAAACCUCCAAGAUCCAAAGUACUCACCAAACCAUCAAUCAAAAUCUCACCAUGUCCGAAACACCCAGCACUCCCCGCAUAACCUCUCCUUAUCUAAAUUCCUUCACAUCGCGCACCGUACGCAUGGUGGGACAAGUUACACAGUUGAGGGGUGAGCAGGCGAGUAUUGAUUGUGAUGGGCCUGUUACUCUUAUUCUCAGCCGAGUGAGUCAUUUUUCAUUUCACAUGCUCAUAUUUCACUGUUCAUGUUUCGUACAUCUAUUUCCUCUACUCAUUUCCUAUUUGUAAUCCUGUUCAUAUCCCCCAUUCCUCCCCCCCUUGUUUCCCCAGCAAGAAACCGACACAAUAUCACGAACCAAAAGCUAAACUGUCACCAACCCAGGAUUCCCACCUCCAAGUCGGCUCGGCCAUCGAGAUCGUCGGAAAAGUAAAUCAAGAUCUCAGCGUCAAAGUAUUAAAAGCUACAGAUUUCGGCACAAAUUUCAGUAUGUUUCCCUUACAUAUUCUCUCCUUUUCCCUUCCUUAAUUUCUUUCCUCGUCAUUUCCCACUUCGUCUCUUUCACCAUACUCCUCAUCCCUCUCCCGCAUCCCUCUUUUCACCCAACCAUAAAGCAACAAAACAACCCACUAAUCUCCCCCUCCCCUCAGAUUUCGCAGCAAUGACCGCCCUAGUCGACGCAAAUCAUCGAUACAAAGAAAUCUGGUACAGCGAGGACUCCUAAACUACUCUUAGUGUAUCCACGCAAUCGCAUCGAGGGAAGAAAACUCAACACUAUGACAUGACAUUGGCUUGCAAUAAGAUGCACACUUCGGAGCAACGUUACCUACAAGAGGAUUUCCAUUAAUUUAAGAAGAGAAGAAGAGAGAGCUUAUGAAUGAGAUACUAAGAUGAAAUGAGAUAUAAUACGAUAUACUCUCUCUUUCUACAGGCAAAAGAGAGACAAAAAUAUGAUAGAGAAAUGGCUUUUAGGGUGUGGAUGUGGAUGAGGAGAUAUACCUACAAAUGGAAAAGAUGAUGCACAGACGAGUAGCGCUGCGAUGAUAAUUCUUACAUUAUAUCAUAUACCUCUCUACCUCUCUACCUAGGUAUCUAAAGAAAGAACAGCAAGAUGUUGACCUUGCUCCAAAGAUACACACAUACUAUGCUGUGUAUACAAACAAUACAAAACUAUUGCGU